AACAACAACAACGAUUUGAUAACACGAGGGCCGCCGGUUAAAAAACCCAACAAAAUGCCGAUUAUUCUACGUAAAGUAAGCCGCUCUGCCUUCCAAGUGCAACAUGUGACGAAAAAACAUUUUUCCCUCUCGUCGCGAGUCUCAACAAAGGCCAGCGAUCUGUUCUCGGAGGAGCAAACCCGGCAACGCGAACGGGUUGGCCGCAUCGAGAAGAUCGAAGUCCGGUACCUUGGACUACCACACGACACGACACUCGUGAUGAACCGGGAACUCUCCACACCGUACGAUUGUGCCAGACACAUCGGUGAAAAGUAUUGCCGCCAAUCGGCACUAGCCCUGCUGGAUAACAAGACACCGUGGGAUAUGCGACGACCUCUGCGUGACUCCUGCACGUUGCAGCUACUUAACUUCACUUCGCCGGAACCGCACAUCGCCAACAAAGUGUUCUGGAGAUCGUGCUCCUUCCUGCUCGGUGCUGUGCUACAAAACAGCUUUAAACCGACCGCCGGACUUCACCUUCACAGCUUCCCUACACCAAACAUAAAAUCUGGCAGCUUCGUGCAUGAUAUCGUGCUGGGCCAAGAGCACUGGAACCCUACCGUACCGGAGCUGCGUGCCCUUUCGAUCGAAAUGAUUAAACUCUCGCAAAAGGAUCUUCCGAUCGAGCGGCUCGAUGUGGACAGUGAGCUGGCGAUCGAAAUGUUCCACAAUAAUCCCUUCAAACGCGACCAGAUACCGAGUGUGGCGAGUAAGAACAAUGGUCAGGUCACGGUGUACCGAGUCGGGGACCACGUAGACAUCAGUAAGGGACCGAUGAUGGGGUCAACGGGACUGCUCGGUCGAUGCACGAUCUCUGCGGCUCAUCCGAUCAAGGAAGCAAACGAGGAUGGUAAAUACUUCUACCGGAUGCAGGGUGUAGCGUUACCGUCGGCGUUGCGCAUUCAUCACUUUGCGUACGCCAUCAUGGAGAACCGUUCCCGGAAGCUGAACUCUGCCAAGCUGCCUAAUGAACCUUUCGAGGAUGCAGUUGCGGAACAAGUGGCGUAAUCCCAUAUGAUCACUAUCAUGGAAUAAGUGUAUCAAUAGUCUAAUAAACUUUGUGUAAGUUGUUAAAAGAAAUAUCCUUCGUUUUACAUACAAUUUCAUUACCAUCACUCCGCCUCAAUCUGUUGAAAGUAAAGUAUGUUACACUACUUUCUGUUAUGUUAAAGUCAAGCAAAGAAUACCCUGAAUAAAUUUGUCAGAUUUUAGUGCAAAUGAAGAUUUUAAGACGAUAACGUUAUCGCAUCUUAACAGAUUUUCCUACAAUUAUUUGAGUUAUGUAUUGCCCAAAAACGCAUCUUUUAAGCAGGUUUCGAUCAACAUUUUCAACUAAAUCUCUUCGGACUUGGUGGGUGCAAAUUGAAACAGUGUCAUAAAACGUUUGAACUAAAUUGUGGAUCGUUAGUUUUGAAAAAUAUACAUUUUACUUAAGUGACACCUAUUCUGGGACAGUAUAUGCAAUCGAAUCAUGCAUUUCAGAAUUUUCAGAGGGCACUUCUGGAACAUUAGAGAGCUUGAUAAAUAAAAAAUACGAA